GAAGCGAGGCGGGGCCCCGCGUUCCCCAGCGGCCGCCCCGGCCGAGGGCAGCGCGGCAGGCCUUUAUAAACGGCGGGCCGGCGGCGGAGCGUGGCCGCGGUGGGCACGGCGGGACGGCGGCGGUGGAGGAAGCUGCGGCGUGUAGGGAAGAAUUUCUGAGAAGAAGCAAAACAGGAAUUCAGAAAACGAGACGGUAGAGGAGAAAAGGCGAAGUUGCUGAUAUGCCUUGGAUUUUUUUUUUUUGAGAAAGAAAAAUCAAUAAUGUCAGCACUAAACUGGAAGCCCUUUAUCUAUGGAGGUUUAGCAUCAAUCACUGCAGAAUGUGGUACUUUCCCCAUUGAUCUGACCAAAACACGUCUGCAGGUUCAAGGUCAAGUUAAUGAUGCCAAAUACAAAGAGAUACGCUACCGUGGAAUGGUGCAUGCGCUAGUCAGAAUAUGCAGAGAAGAAGGAUUGAAAGCCUUAUACUCUGGGAUUGCACCUGCAAUGCUACGGCAAGCUUCCUAUGGAACUAUAAAAAUAGGCACUUACCAGAGCUUUAAAAGAAUGUUUGUUGAGCAUCCAGAAGAUGAAACCCUGAUGAUAAAUGUUCUAUGUGGCAUUCUUUCGGGAGUAAUCUCAUCAUCUAUUGCUAACCCUACAGAUGUCUUAAAGAUCAGAAUGCAAGCCCAAGGUAGUGUGAUUCAAGGAGGAAUGAUGGGCAACUUCAUACAGAUUUACCAAAAGGAAGGCACUAAAGGAUUAUGGAAGGGAGUAUCAUUGACAGCACAGAGAGCUGCUAUUGUUGUUGGAGUGGAACUGCCAAUGUAUGAUCUUACCAAGAAGCACAUAAUUGCAUCUGGAUUUAUGGGAGAUACAGUAUAUACUCACUUCCUCUCAAGUUUUACUUGUGGGUUAGCUGGAGCCCUUGCAUCCAACCCAAUUGAUGUUGUGAGAACACGUAUGAUGAAUCAGAGAAGCCAACAACAUGGAGGACACUCAAACUACAAGGGUACUUUGGAUUGCUUGUUACAAACAUGGAAGAAUGAAGGCUUUUUUGCUCUAUAUAAAGGGUUUUGGCCAAACUGGUUAAGACUUGGUCCUUGGAAUAUCAUCUUCUUUUUGACAUAUGAACAGCUGAAGAAAUUAGACUGCUGACAUGCUGAACUGUAUACUGAAUUCUGUUGAUGUACAGUUUGAGUUCAGAGCAACUUGUAAGUUACCCUGAGUAUCAGCUCUUUAUUGUCUGAGAUGCUGGCCAAAGGAAGAGGUCAUUACAAGACUGUUGUGAAUGAGAACAACCUGGAAGUGAUUUCAAGGCAAACUGGCUCCUGUAACAAUGGCUUGCUCACGUGAUUCAGUGGAUGUAGUGCAGUAUUUUCUAGACUGAACCAAACGUGGUGGAAUACCUUCUGUCAACUGUUUAAGUCGUCUUGAAUGUGAAAAUGCGUAGUGCAACUUUAUGCUGUUGAGACUAAGAUGCACAGUGUUUAGAGGUAUAAGAGACAGAGAACAAUCUUUCUGUAAAGGAAGAUAGGUAGUUCCAAGGAGGUGGGCUUCUCCUGUUUUCAGAAGCGUAUACAAUUUGACUGUAAUAGCUUCUAAUGAACUGAAAGUUUCACAUGACAUCUUUGCAGGCUUUCAGUUCAGCAAAACACCUGUUGCAAUACAAAAAUCUGCUUCUGUUUUUAGAGCUUUCCUGUGUUCCAAGUCCUUAGAUGUCUGCAUAAUUUGCUGGGAAUUACCCAGCUUCAUUUGAAAGUGUGGUUGCUGCAGUUGUCAGUUUUGCGUAGCUUGAGGAAAGUUUUUUUUUUUCCAGUGUAUCAUUCUUGAUUUUCGGCAUAAGUGAUUCUUCAGCAUAUUCAUAUGUAAAUUGCAAGUAGGAACGAAGUUCAAACAAGUCCAUGCUCAUCUGCCUGUCUUGCAGAGAAACUUUCCAUACUUCUUUCAUUGUUGGGAAGAACUAUUUGUAAUGGUUACUGGCUGUUACGUGUCAUCUGAAAGAUGCAAGUUUUACCCUGAGCAGUUCAGGCUGUGUCACGUAGGUGCCUGUGUGAAAAGAACCAAGCCCCUCCAAAGGUUAUGUCCUCUGUAAAGGCUGCUUUCCUCCUUUAAAAAGACACCCAAACCCAGAACUAUGGAGCACUGUCAUAUAGCAGACAGGCCCAGGUUGCUGUUACAUGCAGGGAAACACUUCGUGUAGAAAUCAACCACAAGUUCCUUUAAGCAUUACUUUGAGUGAAAUGUAUAUCAAAACUUCAGGGCCAUUAACUGAACAGUUACGUCAAGGUUCUUAUUAAAUGUUGUUGUUGAAUUCCAGGAAAGGCAGCGUGUGAGAUGCAAGUUGUGGAGCAGUCCUUCUGUGCUCACAGAGGGUGGUAAAGCAGGAUGCAUAGCUCUGCAUUUUUGUGGCAUUGUGUUAAUCUCAUAAAUAUUUUUGGUUAAUCAUGCAUUCCACUUAAAGAAAUUUCAUUGUGAUUUCAAAAUUGCUAUAAUCACUUAAAACUACUGAUUUUGAGUUCACAAAUGGAUUUUUUAAAUGCACAAGGCACUUUCUUUCCUAAGGCACAAUGUUUUUCUAUGUAUAUGGGUAUGCUUAUGUGCAGCGUUUUUCCUUACAUCUGUUUCUAUGCAUUAAUAGAAGUAUUUGUAAAUAUUUUUGUACACUGUGUAAA